AUGGAUUUUCCGAGCUCCAGCGUCUCCCGAGUUCAUCUCGUUGACGAGAUUGGAACUGAGUGCGUGCAGUUUCCACGGCGGCGGCGGCGGCGGAUGAGGCUGCUGCGGCGGCCCAGAGCUUCCCUAGUCUCCGCGAAUCCGUCACCGCGAAGCCCUCCUCCCGGGUUCUCCAGUUACGGCCGCCGGUGGCGGGUCGUGGGGUGCUGGUGGCUGUGA